AUGUCACUUAGAAGAACUUCUUCAGAAGCAACUUGUAUGCCAGUAUAUCGUCGCAGACGUAUUUCGAAAGCUAGGCAUAAUAUUGCAACACACAAUGAGUAUAAGGAUUCAUCAGAUUAUGUUACAAAUAAUGCUCAUGAUCCAGAAGGUGACACUUAUUAUAGAGGCAGAAGUAAGAGGAGUGGAAGAUGUAGGAAGACUAAUGAAGAGAAUAAUGUAGAAACACAUAAAUGCAAUGAAGGCGAUGCAGAUUCAGGUAUUAUUUCAUCGAGGACAAGGGACAAACGUCUUUCCAAAGAUAUAUUAAAAAUUGCCAAUGAUUAUCACAAAUUGGAAAAACGCUUCAAAAGUGUUCAAGAAGAAUGCCAAAUGUUGAACAGAAUGAUGGAGCAAAGAGAGGUAGAGUAUCAAAAAAUGUGUUCUCAAUACGAUGCAAUGGUACAAAUGGUACAGGAAAUGGAGGAAACAAAUGUGCAAUUGAAUAAACGCAAUCAAAAACUUGAAGCUGAAAAAACUCAAUCGGAUGAAGAUAUAACGUUACUGAAAAGUAUUGUUUAUCAGUUGAAUGCUGAAUUGGAAAGGUAUCAAGACAAGAUGAAGGGUCAAAAACUAAAAACUAGUUCUACGGAGUUUGUAAGACAUGGGAAUGAAGGAAGGUACAAUCAAAGGGUUUGGAGUGGUGUUAACUUUCAUGCACUGGGUCCACUCUUGAAUGCUUACCAGCAAAACUUGGCAGAGAAACAGGAACUUGUAAAUAUGUAUGAACAAGAAAUGGCUAAUUUUGGUAAUAGAUGUAAAGAGAUACUUAGCGAGAAUGAACGUAUGCACCAGGAAGUAAAAGAAUUAAAAUCAGAGUGCGAUCGGUAUGCAAAAGAAAUUAAGACGACAAUUGAGAAUACUACCUUGUUAAAGAAACAAAAUGACUUCUUGCAAAAAGAAACCACAGAUUUAAAGAAAGAAUUGACUGAAAUUCGUUCAUCUUACGAAUCGAAGUUUGAGGCUCUUUUAAAACGUAACGAGGUACUUAAAAAAGAACACUCUACUAGUAUGUCCGAAUUGAGCAGUUUUAGAGGAAAGUACGAAGUUUUGAGUAAAGAGUUUGAAAAGAUAAAGACUAAAGAGGACCAAACAGUGCCUAUCACUGUUCACACGGCAGCUGUCGAGGAAUGCAAGACAUUGCUAGAUGAAUUAAAACAUCGAUACGAAACCGAAAAGCGAAAUUUAUCUAAUCAUAUAAGACGCAUUGAAGAGACACGACCAGAGACCGAGAAGGAGCUUGUAAUGAUUACAGCCGAAAGGAAUCAUUUAAAAACCCUCGUCGCAAGCCUCCAAGCUAAUUUGAAGCGAACGCAACGUAAAAACGAGCACCUGCAUAGUCAAGUAUAUUCGACUCGUGUUUCACGUGAUUCAGCGAAGGAGCAAUUAAGCAAGGCGACUGCGUAUUGCGAGGAAUUGUUCUCAGAGUAUGAAAGAAUUGUUUCAGAGAGAGAAAAAUUACUAGCUCUGUUGCGCGAAACAGAGAAAGAAAAUGCAAGCAUCGAUCGUCUUGGGAAAAGCAUUUCCAGCCGGGUUAAUGGUUUGAAAAAUCAACUGGAAAGUGUUCGGAGAGGCGCAAAACAGCAAGUAGAAACGGUGGAGAAGCGUAUAAAGUUACAAGAAGUUCGUGCCCGCAAAAUGAAACAUGAAUAUCGUCGUAAAAUACAGCAGCUGAAAGAGAUAAUUAAGCAGAAAGAUGAGACGAUUGCAAGUCUGCAAGAGAAGCCUAUUGGCCGAAAUAAGUCGACCCGACAUUUGCUUCGGGCGGUCGACGAUGAAAAACUUGAAGCUGUACCAUCGGAGGAAAGAAUUCAUAACUUGUAG